AUGUACCGCGGAUGCCUGAGACCAAAUCCCUUGACCAAUCAGAGUCUCCAACCAGACUGUGACUCACACCCCGUGACCUGCGCAGGCCUCAGCCCCGUGCGGCUCGGGGUCCCGAUUGGUCAGCGGGGCUCACACACACACAGGCGGUUAAGAAACCAGUCUUUCUCAACUGAGGACGACAUUAUUUCUCCAACCGGAACCCAACUUUUUCUCUCAACCCCACCCCCUUCAGAGCCUCCUGUCCCAGGACCUCUGAACUUAAGCAUCGCAUCGCGUAGCUCAAGUUCUUCCCCCAACAACUUUGCCCCGAUCGACUUUACGUCGUUCACCACGGAUUAUCAACCGCAAACAUGGCUUCCCUCGCCCCCGCACCCACAGCCCUUGGCUUCCAAUCAGAACAACAACAGCAACAACAACAGUGUACACGAGGACUUUGUGCUCUAUCCCUCAUCACCUCACCCGCAGCCCCGCUUGCGUGUGCCCGUGAAAGCAACCCAUAGGCCUUCUGCACUUCAGCCAUUCCUGGCGCAGAAUAACCCCCGACGACACUCCUUCAGUUUGCAGUUGCAACGUCAUCUCCAGCAGCAGUACUCUAGCCCACAAGAUCCUAGAGUGACCCAGCUUGCCCGGUCCCCCUCUUAUUGGUCCCACCCCACGCUCAAGCACGCCCGUCAACACACGGCUUCUGUGCCUUCUAACUCUCCGAACACCAACCGCCCUCCUAUCCCGCUUUUCAACGGUCAACAAAACCAACCUUCAAACACGCAACCGUACCGUCGUGUCAUGUCUACCCCUAACUUCGCAAUGGAAGCCGAUCUAUUUGAUCUGAACUCUUCUGGCAUUCCCUCUGCUGGCUUCUCCGCCGGUAUGGAUUCGCCCCUCGCCUUUGACGCUUUGGACCAGACUGGGCUACUCCCCAGCGGUCCCCCAGGUACCAUUUCGCCUCGGGAUCUGAUGAUGGAUGCGUCUGUUCCUCCUUCUGGCACCUUCACUGAUCUGAGCACUCCCUCCUUCGAGUCGCCUGGCAACUUCAGCCAAAAUGCGUCGCCCAUGUUCACCGACUUGGAUCUCGUCGGUCACGAGGAAUGGCCUUCUCUCUUUGACGGCGCGUCCGAUAUGAACGCGUUCGAUCUUGCCAACCUUGACAGCCUCAAUGUUGCUGCUGGCUUACAGCAGGAGCCCAAGAAGCCUGCUCUUAAGGUGGAGACUACCCCGCGUUCUCCACUCAAGCGCCCAGCCUCGUCAAUGGCAUCGUCCCCCAUUCCCGCAACUGGUGGCACCAAGCACUCUAGCAUUUCUGGUGUCAACGCUCGGUCUCGCAAGAACCUGUCUCCUGUGGACUUCGAUCCCAAUGAUCCUGUUGCCGCCAAGCGCGCUCGUAACACCGAGGCUGCGCGUAAGUCGCGUGCCAAGAAGAUGGAGCGACAGGCUGAUUCCGAGCGUCGCAUUGAUGAGCUCAACGAAAUCAUUGCCGCCCGUGACGCCGAAAUCGCUAAGCUCAAGGCUCAGCUUCAGAUCCAAAACACCUACCAGUGA